AUGAAAGGCCUCCAUCGGCAGGUGGACCAGGGCUUCCUCGCGGCAUUUGGAAGGUUUCUCUUUCGCCUUGUUCCCAUUUUUGUCGUUCUUAUCGCCUUUGCGUGCUCACCAUGCUGCAAGCCAAGUUUGCUGGCAGAGCUCGCGGCCGUCACCUCGGCGGCGGCGGCCGAUGCAGGCGCUGGCGUCGGCCGCUUGCCGGAAGUGACCGUUCCGCAUAAACCCAAGGGACAUGCCUUGGAGAGAGAGACACACCAACCAGCUACAGAAAAUGACAUGUCGAAGGAAGAACGCAAACAGGAAAAUGUGUCGCCUGCGGAAGGCGGACCCCCCGCGCGUGCGUUGCACCAUGGUGGAGGGCUCCUCGGGUGGGUGCGCGGACUUUUUCCUCGCGCCGCGGACACUGAUGCUCCUUUGAUGCAGAAGAGAGAGAACGAAAUAGCACCUGCAGUGUCCGAGGAGAAGGACGCAGCCGAAAAUAUCUUCCAGGGAACCAGCGUACGGGUGGCGCACAGCGACGAGAAGGGUCGCGGGUCUGGGGAAGAUGGAGGGCAUGCGGAAGAAGUUAUCCCUCCCCAGGAUGACCAGAUGGAUGCGGCGAAACACAAAAUGGAUGCAGAUGACCGAAGCGAUGAGACCGUCUUUGCUACAGACGUGGAUGAAACGACUCACUCUACCGAAAGCGGCCCAAUGUCGGAGUCCUCGCAAGACGUCUGGCUUCAGUGGCUGUUUGGAGAUGCAGAGGAGGAGGGGCGAGAGGAAACCCUGACCCUGGAUGAACGCCCCGGAGAUCCGUCUGAUUGGGUUGAAGUAGAGAGCGAAUCGUCUGGGUCAGACACCGCACCACGAGCGCUUCAGAAAGAGACGCACGAACUGACGAAAGCCCUGGGUGAUGAAGAAAAUGUUACGGGUGCUGCAAAUCGUGCGACAGAAGCGGCCGCCCGCGACACGUUGAGUCAAGAGGAUUUCGGUGGUGAAGAAGACAAGACUUUGGAGCAGGUUCCUUCGUGGGUUGGCGAGUGGCCUUCAGAAUCCCCGUCGCCGCGAAGCGGGACCACCAGCUCACGCAAGGGCUUCAGAGGCACCAGCGAGCGGCCGGAGGGAACAUCCAGUGAGAGGAUUCCAGGCAGCGAAGGGAGGCACACUACCGAGGGCAGCAGCCGAGAGACAAACACCAGUCGUGACCACACUCCAGUCCUUCAGUGGGUUCCAGCCAGUAAAAGCAUGGCUCCCUCGUGGUGGGGAGCGACUGAAGCUGAUUCCGCCUCAUCUCCAUUCCUUGCUGACGUGCACUCUAAGAGUAUAUCAAUCAGUGGUACCGAAUUGCCCCUUGAGGUGGACAACGUCGCGGAGUAUCACGACAUGCGGAAAUUCGGCGUGAUUCGCGUAGCAAAUACCGCUGCGUUUCGGCACCAGGCAGCGUGCGGCGGAUUUUUCACCACAGCGCUACUUUUGAAGGACUUACCUUCCAUGUACGGGCUUGUUUGCACGCUAGUGCGUCUCAGCUCCUUCGCUGAGCAAGCAGCCAAGGGACUCCAUAUUCACAUUCGUUCGCCAGCUGUGAAGGCGCUGGCCAAGCUGAGCGCCACGGCGAACGCCAGGAAGCAUGCGAUUGAAGUUGCGCUAGCGAUGCGGAGAUAUCUCGGAGAUGUCGCCGCGCGCCAGGACUCUAUUAACCUUGGAGUUCUCUUGAAUAAGGUCAUGAUGGAGAAGCCGCGUCUGCGACCCGUAUGCGUCGCGUUAAUGGCUACGUUGAUGGAGUGCCGCGCCUCUCUUCCGUACACGCUACGCAAGGAGAAUGGGUUUCCAGUCCUCCCGCUGGAGCAGAUUCCCACGUUUGCAGCUCUCGAACAUCUCAAUGAAGUGGGCGCCCAUAUCUCCUUCCCGGCUGACGCGCCUAAAGUUUUCGAGAUUAGGAUUGUGCCUCCUUCUGGGGAGUCCCCAUUCGAGCAAGUCGACGGAGCUCAGAGACUGCCGCAGAACGAGCCGUGGCGACAUCCCAUUUAUCAGGCUUUCUCCACCCUCUGGUACUUUUGCGAGAACAUGUAUCGCAUCGGUGAAAGAUACGACGACGUCUACAAGCACCGCAUAAUCGACGAUAUCUUUCCAAGCCCUUGGCGCGUCACGUACCUCGGCAUUGGCGUGUGGACUGAAUGGCUACCCUUCCACGACGCGCAGAGCAAGAUUUCUCGGGCGGGUCUCGAAGUCAUGGAGAAGUACAAGCUCCGGGCCGUGUCGAAGCGCGUCCCGUACACACUGACGAAGCAGCUUUUUGUCGAAGAGACGCCCGACACCCCGCGCCGGGAAACAGGCGUUCUUUCCCCAUUCAAUGUAGACAAGUGCGAGCGGGACGCAACGUAUGCAGGCGCGGAGGAGUCACCGUUCGUCGUGCUGCUGGAGCGACGCCCAGAUGCGCCAAAACGCGAAGCGCCAGCGGGCGAGGGGCCCGCGAUGACUUUCCACGAUGCCGAUGCCGUGUGGGUCUUCAAAGGCACUGACGGCGUGAAGCAAUGGACCUUGAACACGAUGCUGCAAGCGGUUCCAGACAAAGUUUUCUCAGAACGUGGCCUCCUCCACCAAGGUUUUGCGACCCAUUUCCACCAGACAGUGCGCCGCCCCUUCACGCGUUUCCUGUCGAAAGCAGCGAAGGAAGCUCGGAACCGCAGCCCCGCGAAGCCUUACGUCGUGGCGGUAACUGGCCAUUCUCUAGGAGGAGCCCUCGCGCUGCUCGGCUCUUGGUUCCUUGCCAAGAAUCUGCGUCCGUUGAUUGAUUCAGGUCGACUCGUCAUCUACUCCGUUGUCUUCGGCUCCCCGACGAUCGGUGACGUCAUCGCGACCAAAGAAAUGAAUGCGAGCGGAGCCAAGAUCUUCAAACUUCAAGUAGACCUUGACCCAGUGCCUUUCGUAGGGCAAACCGAUGGAGUCACGAAGCUUUACAGGGACACGGCCAGCGAUAUUCAGCUUCAUGUUAACGACAUGGCCGGAGUGGCGCUGUGGAACGCGGACAAGUCGCUGAAAUAUAGUGGGCUCGUCUGGCUGCAAGAUUCAGUGCAGCCCUACCGCAACAGAAAGAGGUUUUUGCGUUUCUUCACGCGGCCGCUUUCACUCUCGAAUUACCUGCGCACGCACAACCUCCCCUUCAACACCCACUUACAUUUCAUUCCCUGCGCGCUUACGAUUAUCACGGGCCGAUUCGAUGAGAAUGGAUGGGAGAGCUCAUGCGCCGCCCCGCUGUUAAAGCGGUACCCUCUCCUUCCAAACGUCCUCUCCGCAGAACUCCAAGCGGAACUGAAGCGGGUCCAUGAAGAGGAUCUUCCCAAGAUCACCAAGCGCCUCGAGGCUGCUCUGAAGAGCAAGAAAUGGCUGGAGGCGAGGCAGAAGCUUAUCGAAGAAGGGAAAUUUGCGGGAGAUCGCUAG